AUGGAUAUAGAGGUAGUGCCCAUGCACUGUCCAAUUUAGUCAAACCUGAAGCCCACUGACACAUUGGCCAGCUGAAUGUAUAAUGAUGAUUACAUUACAAUUUAAUAUUUUGUAGAAUUGUAGUGUUCCAUGGAAAUCGAUUUUACUUUCUCCUGCUGUUUGGGCGAUUGUUACUGCUCAUUUUUGUCUCCUCUGGGAGUUCUACAUUUUCCUUACUACUCUACCAACUUAUAUUAAGACUGUUCUGGGUAUAGAUUUACUUGCUGUAAGUAAUUGUUGAUGGAAUUAUUGCACACUCAUCGAAGGAUAUAUAAUAUACUAGCUGUUACAGUCGUAGAGAGAUACUCUUUUGUCUUAUAUUAAAUUAUCAGAAAAGAAUAGAGUGGACUUUGCAGGCGAAAUUAAAACGAAAAGAGACAAAUUGCAAGCUUGAUAAGGCGGGCAAUUUGAGUUAUACCAAGUAUUUUUUCACCUUUUGGCUACAAUUCAAGUAUUCACGCAAUAUCCUGGUUUUAUCAACAGCCCUGACUAUUUUAUAUUUGGUUUGUUACGAAAACAGUUGAGGAAUUUCCGUUCUAUAUCGUGGAAAAUGAUUAAAAUUUGGACGUGCCAAAGUGGCGCAGUCAUGACUAAGAAAACACCGCUCUUGAACAUCGAAAAAGCAGUUUAAAACAUUUCUAUAGUGUUCCAGAACUUGUUUUGUAUUAAUAUCCAGGUAUUGUUGUUGAUUUUGAGUUUUCAGUCCCUGCUUGAACUACAUCCAAAAACUGGAAAAAAUCGAUGUUUUCAAAGUUGUAUUAUUUUCGUAAUUUCCCGCCCCUUCUAAAUCGGAAUUCAAUGAGAAUUCAGAACCGGGCAACGAGAUUUUAGCCAAUCAGAGAGCGUUACUUACCACCAUUAGGGAGGUUUGAAUUUGUCCCUCAUUUUCCCCGCGCAAUGCCCAGUCGGACACUCUAUUCUUUUAUAUAAUCCCCAUGCUUAUUAGGAUUUCGCCACUGAUUAGACUCUCUACAGCUAUAUCCAAGAAUAAAAAUAUAAUAAAAUAUAUUUAAUUUUUUGAUUGAGAAGUGGUCACAGAAAAGUUGAUCAGACCCUAGGAUGGAUAUGAUCUAGCCAAAAAUCCUGUUUAAGAUGGCUCGAUAUAGUUUUCAUUAACGUCAGGUGUAUAACAGUUUGCGGACAGUUUUAAACGUCGUAUAUAAUUUUAGGUUUUAUGCAGCAGAUAUCAAGGUUUAUUUUAAUGUUUUUUCUUUCGAAUCAUGUUAGUUUUGGUAACACAUAGUUCGUUUUAUGGUGACACCCACGUACGAAAUUCACUCUAAUAUAAGCUAUUGUUAUCGCAUGUACAUAUGAAAUUAUUUAACCAGUAAACGAUCAUAUUUAUUUCGCCUUCUGUAGGACAUUAUGUGGUUUCUGUUGCGGCUCAAUUUAGGCGUUUUCAUGCAUGUAUGUAUAAUCUUAAUAGAUUUAUUUAAUUGUCUUUCAUUUAGACUGGUUUCUUGUCGUCUCUUCCCUACAUUGUCAUGACAGGAAUACUUUAUUUAAGUGGUUUUACAUCAGACUUUGUUAUAGCAAAAAUGUUUUGUUCUACUACCUGCAUAAGAAAAUUUUGUGUUUGUGCAGGUAAGAGGAAAACACAAAGAAGACUAUGUACUGUAAUUGACAAUUAAAGAAAUUGGCACACAUUCUACAGUAUAGGUACUGAUAAUGAUAGGUUUACACCAUUGCCUCACUGUACACCAAAAUAUACGAUUGUUUUUAUCCAACCGAAUAUUCCACCUUAACUUUAGGAUCUCAAAUUAAUUUAGUGAAAAUUAUAAACAUGGUACGUGUGACCCCAUGCAUGUAUUUUUUGGUGAGCAUGCAGUUUGUGAUAACGCAUGAUCUCCACCUAUUGCGAUUGCUCCUAAUGUUGUAUACUGUAUCCUUUUAGGUUUCUUACUUCAAGCAAUAUUUACAGUGUCAGUUGGCUAUACAACAAGCCAGAAUACAGCUGUAAUAUGCUUGACGUUUGGAGUGGGAAUGACAGGUCUUGUAUGGAGUGGAUUAGGUGUAAACAUGAUUGAAAUUGCACCAAGAUAUGCAGGAUUAUUGAUGGGAAUUUCAAACUGUAUUGCAACUGUACCUGGUAUAGUAGGACCACUAAUUGCAGGAGCACUAACACCCAACGAG